AUAUAUAUACAAAGAUUAUUGAUUAGUUAGCUUAGGGUUGAUCUUCUGACUGUUAGGGAAUAUUGUUAUCAUUAAAUGCAUGAAGAAAAUUUACAAAAGCUAAAGUUAAACAAAUUAAUUUAUUGGGAGACAAAAGUUAGCACAGUGAAUGAUAUUACUAUUAUUCUUGAGAUGAAAUGUCACAGUCAUUCUUUGAGGGACAUACUCCUCAUCUCUUCUUGUUUAUUAAUUGUUCAUUUGUUAUUAUUAUACUUUGUCUUUUGCUCUUUCUCCUCCACUCAAAUUUGCUAUUUCAUUUUCCCAAUUUUAUUUGUUUGUUUGGUUUAUUUAAAUUCUCAGCUUCUUUACAAAUCUUUCUCAGCUGACAAAAAAAAUACAAAUCUUCUCAGUUCUUCUUGAAAUUAGGGUUCCUCUUUCUUUAAGAGGCCUAAAACCCUAAUAUAUCCUUCUCAUUGACUAAAGAGUUAAGCCUACUCUAUCUACUUUGGAAGCAAAUUUCAAAGGUAAGAAAAAGCCCUUGAAACAGGAAGAAAGAUACACUUAAUCGUCAAAGAGCUUAAAGAUUUAAAGGCAGGUAUAAAAAUUCAAAAAGAAAUGGCUUCCUCAUCAUCAAAUACGUACAACUCACCAUGCGCGGCGUGCAAGUUUCUUCGCCGUAAAUGCAUGCCGGGAUGCAUAUUCGCGCCAUAUUUCCCACCGGAGGAGCCACACAAGUUCGCCAACGUCCACAAAAUCUUCGGAGCAAGCAAUGUCACUAAGCUCCUCAACGAGCUACUCCCUCACCAGCGUGAAGACGCAGUCAACUCCUUAGCCUACGAGGCUGAGGCACGAGUCCGUGAUCCUGUCUAUGGCUGCGUCGGAGCCAUCUCUUAUCUCCAGAGACAAGUUCACAGGCUUCAGAAGGAGCUUGACGCCGCUAAUGCUGACUUGGUUCACUACGGUAUGUCCACGUCAACACCUGGUAACGUCGUCGACUUGGUGUUUCAGCCUCAGCCAUUUCCGCCGCAGCCGUUGAAUCCGGUUUAUAGGCUUUCCGGGUCGAGCCCGGUGAUGACUCAGCAGCCACGUGGUACCGGAGGGUCGUAUGGGACUUUCCUUCCUUGGAACAAUGGUCAUGAUCAGCAAGGAGGUAACAUGUGAGAGUGUAUAAAUUAUGUGUGUUUUCUAUCUAUUCAUCUCUCUCUUUAUAUUAUGUGUGUGUGUGUGGUAAGACUACAAUAUAAUAAGCUGGAUUUUUUUUUCUAGCCAAUUAAUUUAUAAAUGCAUGGACAAUUCUUAUUUAUUUAUGAUGAGGUUUAUAUAUUGUGGUUUAUUA